UUUCUAUUUAUAAACACUUCAACGCUUGUCAGUAGACCCAACUGACAACAGUAACUAUGUAAACAAUUAUGUCAAUACCGCAACCCACGCUUAGCUACCAGACUCGGAUAAUAUAAAUAAACAAUUCUUAUAAAGAAUUAAACAAAACUGAUCUUGAACAAUAUACAAUGAACAUAAACAGAAGAUUAUCAAAUCCAGCACUGACCAAUAACCAGCAAUAUGAAUUAAACGAAGAGUGGAAUAACUUUAUGAAGAAGAUAGGGGAAGUAUCUGGAUUGGUGAAGGAUAUGGCAAGUGGUGACAAGGAGAAGGCUGAUGCGGCUAAGGCAAUAGCUGAUGAGUACCUCAAGGGCAAAGUCAUUUUAGACGAGGACGUGGAGAUGAAGGUAAAGGAUGAUCGCACGGUGAUCAACCUGAAAGCUUUUCAAUCGCUCGAAAAGAAAGACGCUGGAGAAAUCGACAAAGACGCGUGGAUGGCAGAAGUGAGCAAAGAUGCAGAUCGUCGAGCUCUAGAUCGCAAAAUCCGCAAAGAGAAGGCUGACACCCUCAAAACUCAAGCAAUCAAAGCGUUUCGCCGGCAAGAGUACGACAAGGCACUAUCCUGCUACAAUCGUGCCAUAGAACAAGUCAAGGACAACUCUAUGUUGUACUGUGACCGCGCCUUGACGAACAUCAAACUCGGAAAUUAUGAAAAGGUUUUCAACGACUGUGAGUGGGCUUUGCGUCUGAAUGAGAAUAGCUUCAAGGCACGGCUGUACAAAGCAAAGGCUUACAAGGAAUUGGAGGAAUUUGACAAGCUGCAAGAGUGCAGGAGAGAGUUAGAUGAAAUGUUUCCACAGCACGACGAUCUUGUUAAAUACUUCCUUGAUAAAAAAGAAGGCAUUGAUGAGGAUGAAGUAGAAUAACAGGUUAUUUAGAAUUGUAUUUUUAGUUGCGGACUGUAUUAAGUAGGUACUCAUGCCUUUUUUUAUUUGCGCCAGUGAUUUCCUGUUAUGUUGGUGGAAUAGGUACAUUAGGUUUUAUUUUUAUUUUCAAUUUUUUGUAGGUACUUACUUAAAUAUGU